AUGCUGGAGAACGGCCUGGGGGACCCUUUCUAUGCGGCUCGCGACGAGGUGCAGGCGAACUUCGCGCAGCUGCAGCAGCUGCAGCACGAAUGGAAGCAGCAGCUGCAAACCCGCGGCCACCCUGCCAAGUGCAGCAGUUUAAAGAGCACUAUUGAUGCUUCAGCGGAGGCACUGGCAGAGGAUUUGCGCGCCUUAGAAAAGGCAGUUGCUGUUGCAGCCAAACACCAGCAGCGUUUGGGGCUGCAUGCAGAUGAAGUGGAGAGAAGGAGACAAUUCGUGCGGCAGCAGCAGCAGCAACUCGACGCCCUACGCGCAGACGUUAAGGCGGCAGGGGCCUCUCAGCUGUGGCUGAAUGAGGGCCCCACACCCCACGGGGACUUCUUCGAAGAAGCCGAACAGAAGCAGCAGACGUUGGUGCAGCAGCAGGACGAGCAGCUGGAAGAGCUGGCAACUGCUGCUUCGCGGCUGCACGAAACAGCUUUGACAAUAAAUCAAGAGUUGGCGACACAGCAACGAAUGCUUACGGACUUAGAUGAUACUGUUGAGAGACAAGGUAGAUCUGCUGCCGCUGCUGCUGUUGCUGUUGUUGCUGUUGUUCUUUUUCCUGGAGCUGCUGCUGGGGGUAGUGCACCUGGUGGUAGUGCUGCUGUUGCUGUUGCUGCUGCUGAUGCUGCUAAUGGUGCUGCUGCCGCUGCUGCUUGUGGCGGUGCUGCUGCCGUUGCUGCUGGUGAUAGUGCUGCUGCUUUUGCUGCUGCCGCUGGCGGUUCUGCUGCUGUUAGUGGUGCUGAUGCUGUUACUGCUGAGCGGUUGCGUAGGCAGCUGAUGCAGCAAGACACAGCAGCAGCAGCAGCAGCAUAUCUUCUGUUUGUUUUGCAGCUACCGAAAUGA